AUGGCGGGUCCUCAGCCGGAAAUGACGAAGGACACAACGCGAGAAGCGUCGUUAAUUUAUGAACAGAUGGCUCGACGAAUGACGGAACGCGACGCGUCAAAACGAUCGAUGAUCGUCGUCGUCGUCGUCGACGGAGGCGGCAGCAGCGGUGACAACGGCAAGGCGACGAUGAUCUACAUUUCCAAAACUAGGUCUUUAUAG